UGCUGCUGCCGCCCCGGGUACGGGCCCAGCCGGCUGCCCAGCGCCGCGGCAAGUUUGCGGGAAGCAGCAGCCGAGGGCCAGGGAGGCGGCGACGGCGGGAGGCAGCAUGGCUGGCGGGACGAGCUCCGCGCUCUCGGAGUCAGGCUGGUAUCUUUCAGAUGAAGGAAUUGAAGCUUGCACAAAUUCUUCUGACAAAGUCAAUAUAAGUGACGUUAUCCUGAUUGCCCUUAAUACAGAUUUAAGAACUAUUGGCAAGAAAUUCCUCCCCAGUGACAUCAAUGGUGGAAAGGUGGAAAAGCUGGAAGGCCCAUGUGUCCUGCAGAUACAAAAAAUACGCAAUGUUGCUGCACCAAAGGAUAAUGAAGAAUCUCAGGCUGCUCCCAGAAUGCUGCGUUUGCAGAUGACUGAUGGACACACAAGCUGCAUAGCAAUAGAAUAUAAUUACAUGUCAAAAAUAAGCCUGAACACUCCACCUGGAACAAAAAUUAAGCUGUCAGGAAUUGUUGAAGUUAAAAAUGGAUUCCUGCUUUUGGAUGAUAGUAACACUGUAGUUCUCGGCGGUGAAGUGGAGCAUCUUAUAGAAAAGUGGGAGUUACAAAGGAGUUUAUCAAAACACAAUAGAAGUAACAUUGGAACAGAAGGUGGACCACCCCCUUUUGUGCCUUUUGGGCAGAAAUGUGUGUCUUCUGUGCAAGUGGACAGCAGGGAACUUGAUCAGAGAAAGACUCUGCAAAUGAUGAGCACCGCUAAGGCUGUUGGAGACAAUGAUGAAUUUGAAAAACAGAGAACAGCUGCUAUUGCAGAAGUAGCAAAGAGCAAGGAGACCAAGACAUUUGGAGGAGGCAGUGGCAGUACUAGAAGCAAUCUUAAUGUGAGUGCUGGGGGGAAUCGAAACAGGGAAGUGUUCCAGAAGGAAAAGAUAACAAAACCUGAGGGGAAAAAUGAAGGUGUCUAUCGUGAACUGGUUGAUGAAAAGGCUCUAAAGCACAUAACAGAAAUGGGUUUCAGUAAAGAAGCAGCAAGGCAGGCGCUUAUGGAUAAUAGCAACAGCCUAGAAGCAGCAUUAAAUUUUCUUCUGAACAGCAGUAAACAGAAACCUAUUCAGGGACCACCACCUAGAGGGAAAGGGAAGGGCAGAGGCCGAAUAAGACCUGAAGAUGAAGAGGAACUAGGAAAUGCCAGACCUUCUGCACCCAGCACACUGUUUGACUUCUUAGAGUCCAAAAUGGGUACUCUGACAAUAGAAGAACCAAAAUCACAGUCUCAUCCACAGCAUCAAGUACAACACAGAGUGCUCAAUAUAGAGCAGAAUGGCAUAAAAGAUUACAACCAUCCAAGACAUCUUCCUCGAAAUGAUACUAGACAGCCAAGAAAUGAGAAACCUCCUCGUUUUCAAAGGGACAUUCAGAAUUCAAGACAGAUUUUGGAAGGUAGUGGCUUAUCAAGAAACAGGGGUCCUGAAAAACACAGCUCUUUAGGACCAGAGCAAUGGACUGAGGAUAAAAAUAAGUGUGAUAGACCUUAUCCAAGGAACGAUAGGCUAAAAAAUAUUGGUUAUCCCUCAGCCACUUACCAGAGUGAUAUUUCUUUUAAAAAGAGGGAUAAUGCUAUGCAAAACAGACAUGGAAAAGGGGCUGCAUUCAUGGAAUUGAGAGAGAAUUCCAGUGUUCAAGAUACCAUAGAUGAUGAUAAUCAGAAACGAGGAAAAAAGGAAAACCAAAUACAUAAUCCUGACAAUUUUUAUGACAGGAAAACACGAACAAUAAGUAAUGAAACUUUCAGUUUAAAAAAUGAGCAACAUUUUGGUAUGAAUAGUGACUACCAGAAUCCUAUUAGAACUGAUAAUUUUAAUGCUUUAUCAAAUGGAGAUACUGAAUAUCCACAGAAAGGAAGACGAGUAGGACCUAUUAAAUCACCAGGACUCAGUGUUGCUCCACCAUUUGAAGACAAAAUGUUGUAUUAUAACGCUGGUCCCAAAAGGAGAUCUGGGCCCAUCAAACCAGAAAAAAUAUUGGAACCAUCUGUUCCUGUGGAGUAUGGUAAAAGCUGGAGGCCAAGGGAUGAAUGUUUUGCUCUUUAUUGGGAAGACAACAAGUUUUACCGGGCAGAAAUUGAAGCUCUUCAUUCUUCUGGAACAACUGCAGUUGUUAAAUUCUGUGAUUAUGGAAACUAUGAAGAGGUGUUACUAAGCAACAUCAGGCCCAUUCACGCAGAGGCAUGGGAGGAGGAGGAAGAUGCUUAUGAACAAACUCUAGAGUUCCGCAGAGGAGGUGAUGGUCAGCCAAGACGGUCCACACGACCAACCCAGCAGUUUUAUCAACCCCCAAGGGCUAGAAACUAAUAGGAAAAAUAAAAGUGAAUUUCUUCGGGGGGGGGAGAAGUCAUCAACAGCCUCCCAGUGCUCAAGACUUUUAGAAGAACUUCUGGCUUUUCCUGAGGAACAGGAUACAAGAAAGAUGGCUGGUGUGAUCAGAAGGAAUCCAGAGCUGAUCAGCACGCAAGAUUUUUUUAAAGUUCAUAGUUGUAUGAAGCAAAAUACUUUUUACAUAUGAAAAAAGCAAAUUGUUAUUGCUCCCAUCAAUAAACCCAUGGUGCACUA